AUUAAUGUCAAUAAAUCAUUUGGCACCAAAUUUGCGGAAGGCCAGAAACCGCUUCUUAUAAACAAAGAAAUUGUUUUUAGAACAGAAAGCAGAAAAGAUGGCUAGUGCUUUGUUAUCUACUGCUUGCUUUCUCCCUUCACAGAGUAAGCACUUUCAAGAUAAGGAAGUGACUGGACUUGUAGUGAAUUUGAAGAGUUCUUUCCAUGGCCAAGUGAUUCAUAAUAAAAGUUUAUUGAGGAAGGAAUUUAGCAGAAUCAAUGGAGGCCGUGUUGCGAUUACCUCAGUGCUUGGAAGAAGCGUACAGAAGAGGGAGACAGUUAUUCCUGAUCCAGAUUACAGGAUACCAGUUGUCUUGCUUGGUUUAGCUGGUGGAUUAACUUAUACAAAUAAUCUGGCACCAGCUGUACCUGUUGGUCUCCUUGGAUUGCUCCUUUUAUUUCAGACAACAAGGGUGAGAUUUGUUUUUGACAAUGAGGCUCUGAAGGUCAAAAUUGGAGACCAGCUUGAGGAAUCAGGCGAAAAUGUGUUCGUAGGUGGAAAAAAUCGUUGGAAAUUUUCAACAUUUGUGAAUUGGGAACUAUGGUGGCCAAAUUUCCCUAUUCUGGUGUACUUUAAAGAGACUCAAACAAAACCUGAAGGACAAGUGCACUUCUUCCCAGUAAUUUUUAAUGGUAAGCAACUUUAUGAUGUAAUGGUGGAGAGAGCUGGCCCCUCUAAAAAUAGUGGUCCAAAACAAUCCUAAAAGGUUGAGCUUCGUAGUCAUAACUCUCCAGCAAUCCAUUUGAUAUUCAGUGCUUCGAUGAGGGUAAAACAUGUUGCUUCUACUGAUUGAAGCUGAAUAGUGUAGAUAUUGUUCAUCUCAUAUACUGUACGAAUUCAUAUCUUAUAUAUGUUUAUACAUUAUGGAAUUCAGGAGCAGAUUUAGUCGGUGCAAUUCUGUAUAUUCUACAAACUAAUUGCUGUUAAAAGGGGAAAAAGGAAAAAACCUUAGAAAGUA